GGUCUACUGUCCCAGCAACCCAAGUUCACACCUAAAAGCAAGGAAAAGGAAUUUUUAUUUUAACCUUUAAAAUUGCCUCUAAUCAUGGAUGCUGUAAACAGAUGACAGGGGUGCCAUUCACAUAAAAUAUAGGCAUUUUAGAGGUGCCAAAAUAAAAUAUAUCAGCCAUAUUUAAUAAAUUCCAGUUCUACUCUCUUCUACCCUGUAGCCCAAGAAGCAGCAACAAUGGGGUUACAGGAUCAUGCAGUAUUUUUCAGGAAAAUGACAAAGUUAAUUUUGUAUGAAAUGCCAAAAGCUGGGUAUUCCAGCAUAUUAAAUGAUUUCGUGGAAUCUAAUUUUUUUGUGAUUGAUGGAGACUCCUUGCUUGUCACAUGCCUAUGUGUAAAAUCAUUCAAGUGGGGACAGAAUCUCCACUUCUUCUAUCUGGUUGAAUGCUAUCUUGUGGAUCUUAUGAGUAAUGGAGGACAAUUUUCUAUAGUUUUCUUCAAGGAUGCUGAAUGUGCAUAUUUUGAUUUUCCUGAAAUUCUUUCAUUGAGAACUGCUUUAAUUCUCCACCUUCAACACAACACUAACAUUGAUGUGCAAACGGAGUUUUCUGGAUGCUUAUCACAAGAUUGGAAGUUAUUCUUGGAACAGCAUUACCCAUAUUUUCUGAUAGUUUCAGAGGAAGGCCUGAGUGAUUUACAAACGUACCUUUUUAACUUCUUAAUCAUACAUUCAUGGGGAAUGAAAGUCAAUGUUGUGCUUUCUUCAGGGCACGAAUCUGAUACUCUCAGACUUUAUGCACAUAUCAUGGAAAGCACAGAGAGAAACCAAACUUUUUUGGAGAAGAAUGAAACUGUGAUUCGGAUUGCAUAUAAAAGUCUCAUACAACACUUGGAAGAAAGAAGGAUUUUAGCAUUAGCACCUUAUUUUGAACAGUUGAAAUGGAAUGAUAUGAUGGAAGAGGCGUGUUGGACUCUAUUUCUGCUUCAGCAUCUGUGGCCAGAAGGAUCGGACAUCCGGCGUGUCCUCUGCGUCACCUCAUGUUCACUGUCCUUAAGAAUGUACCAUCGCAUCUCAGUGCACUGUAAUCACCUAUCCCUGCAGGAGGUGGAAGAUUUCUGCAGACUGCAUUGCCUCUGUGUGGCUUUUCAACUCCACUUACCCCUUUCACAGAGAGCUUGUUCUCGAGUCAUCACAUCCUCUUGGAUUAGGGCCAGUGAUUCUUUCUUAAAAAUGAACAAGUGGUGUGAACAUUUCAUUUUAGGCAACUUAAACAUUUUGGGAUCCUGGAAUCUGGAUUUAAAUCAUGUUUCUGACUUACAUGAUGAGCAAUUGUUAAAGAAUAUUGCCUUUCACUAUGAAUUUGAAAGUACUCAAGAACCACAUUUGAAUUUGGGAGAUUCCAUUAGGAGGGAUUAUGAACACCUGUGGAAUUUUGUGUCACAGCUGGUUAAAGAAUUCGAUGUUGGAAAGUCUUUUCCUGUGAGAACAAGAACACAACAUUUUCUUACACAAAAAGAAUCAGUCAUUCAAGAAAUCUCCUUGGAAAAGUUGCCUAGUGUGGGUUUUAUUCCGAUGACAUCUGCUGUAAUUGAUGAGUUUGUUGGAGACAUGGUGAAGGAUUUGCCUAUUCUAAAGAGUGAUGACCCAGUUGUUCCUUCACUGUUUCCACAAAAGUCAUCUGAUGAGCUUUUGCACUGGCAUGGCCAAAGACUCCUUAGUGAUGACUAUGACAGGAUCAAGUGUCGCAUUGAUGAGAAAUCUAGAGAUCCUCAUGUUCUUGGUUUCCUGAAAAAGUAUCAGGCUUAUCAGCAGUUUUAUGGAAAAUCACUAGAAGCAGUCUCUACAAAAGUCAUUUCGAUUCAAACUACUCAGCAAAAGGAUUCCGGUGGUGCCAGUGGUGAAAUAUUGCAGAAUUUUAAAGCCCAAAAAGUUACCAAAAAGAAAAAGAAAAAGUCAAUUCUCAAAGAAGAUCAGAAUAAAGAACAGCAAAAUGAUGAUCUGGUGUUUUCGAUUGAAGAGGAGAUGAAAAAUAACUUACAUUCUGGAAUAAGGAAAUUGGAAGAUUUUUUGACGUCAUGUGCAAGUAAUUCAGCGAAAUUUGGAGUUGAAAUGUUAGGAUUAGUUGCCUGCUUUAAAGCAUGGAAAGAACAUUGCCACAGUAAAGGCAAAAUUUCAAAAGAUAUAAGUAUUGCUGUUCAAAUGAUGAAAAGGAUUCAUUCACUCCUGGAGAGAUACCCAGAAAUUUUGGAAGUGGAACAUCAUCAAUAUAUAGCUAAAUGCCUUAACUGUUUAGGCUUUAAUGAUUUGGCAAGCUCUUUAGAUCCGACUUUGGUGAUAGGGGAUGACGAAAAGAAGAAUAAAGGAAAUAAAUAUUCAAUUGGCAUGGGGCCAGCUCGGUUUCAACUGCAAUACAUGGGCCCUUACUUGAUACGAGAUGAAAGAAAGGAUCCAGAUCCCAGGGUCCAGGAUUUUAUUCCCGACACAUGGCAGCGGGAACUCCUGGAUGUGGUGGAUAAGAAUGAGUCAGCAGUGAUUGUGGCCCCAACGUCCUCAGGCAAAACCUAUGCUUCCUACUACUGCAUGGAGAAAGUGCUGAGGGAGAGCAAUGAUGGGGUGGUUGUGUACGUUGCACCCACAAAGGCUGUUGUUGGUCAGGUGGCUGCAAGCGUUCAGAAUCGUUUUACUAAAAGGUUACCUGCUGACAGAACUCUAUGUGGUGCUUUCACAAGAGAUUAUCAUCACAAUGCACUAAAUUCUCAGGUACUUAUUACAGUGCCUGAAUGUUUCGAAAUUCUGCUGCUUGCUCCUAAUCGCCAAAAAUGGGUGAAAAGGAUUAGAUAUGUUAUAUUUGACGAGGUCCAUUAUCUUGGCAGAGCAGUUGGAGUAAAAUUUUGGGAGCUCCUCCUUGUCAUUAUUCGAUGUCCCUUUUUGAUUCUUUCAGCUACCAUAGAUAAUCCAGAUCUUCUCACUAAGUGGCUGCAUUCAGUAAAACAGUACUGGAAAUGGGCAGACAAGAUUAUGCAAGAGAAAUUUAUUUCUGAGAAAGAGGCUAACGAAUGUCUCAACUUUCUCAAAGACCAUUCAUAUAAAAAUCAAUCAUAUGAAGUUAGACUUGUGCUCUGUGGAGAGAGACACAGUGAUAUAGAGAAGCAUAUAUGUUCAGUAAAACAUGAUGAUGUUUAUUUUGAUCAUUUUCAUCCAUGUGCUGCACUAACGACAGAUAUUAUUGAAAAGUAUGGAUUCCCACCUGAUCUUACACUCACCCCUCAAGAAAGCAUCCAGCUUUAUGAUACCAUGGUUCAAGUCUGGGAAACUUGGCCCAGGGCUUAGGAAUUGUGUCCAGAGGAAUUUGUUCUUUUUAAGAAUAAAGUGGUCAUUAAGAAGUUGGAUGUUAGAAAAUAUGAAGAAAACUUAAAGGCAGAAUUAACAAAUUGGAUUAAAAAUGGCAAAGUGAAGCAGGUCAAAAGAGUACUGGAGAACCUUAGUCCAGAUUCAUCGUCUAGUUCAAAAGAUAUGGUAAACAUGUUUCCUCUUCUUGUUGAAAAGUUAAGGCAAAUGGAUAAGUUACCUGCAAUAUUUUUUUUGUUUAAGAAUGGUGAUGUGGAAAAAAGAGCUGGAAGUAUGUGUGCUUUUCUGGAGAAGACAAAGACAAAAAGCCAUCCCCACCCUGAGUGUCAUCGUUAUAUUCUUGAUAUAAAUGAAGAACUUACAAAAAUUGAAAGAAUUAUGAAGGAAGAAGAAAAGAUUAUUAAAAAAAAACAGAAGAGGGCUGGAAAACUGGAAGGAAUGCUAAUGGAUAGGCCCGAAUAUAUUAAUUUCCUGAAGAAGCUGAACAGUGUGAAAAUCUCUGAAGGCCGCACAUAUGCUGAUGUCAGUGCCCUGCACAGUGAGAUCACCGAGGAGAAUGGGUUGACUUUGAAUACAGUGUUAAAACGAGUGCAAUUCAUGAGAAAAGGCGAAGAACUGACGACUUUAGCACAAAGGGGGAUUGGAUAUCAUCACAGCGCCAUGUAUUUUAAAGAAAGAGAAUUAGUUGAGAUACUCUUUGCAAAAGGGCUUAUUAGGGUAGUGACAGCUACUGGAGCAUUUGCCUUGGGGAUCCACAUGCCAUGCAAAUCUGUUGUUUUUGCUCAAGACUCAGUCUAUCUGGAUGCUUUAAAUUACAGACAGAUGUCUGGUCGUGCUGGAAGAAGAGGUCAAGACCUGCUUGGAGAUGUCUAUUUCUUUGAUGUCCCAUUGCCCAAAAUAAAAAGACUCAUUGCAUCCAAUGUUCCUGAGCUGAGAGGGCAGUUUCCUCUCAGCAUAACCCUGGUCCUGCGACUCAUGCUGCUGGCUUCCAAGAAAGAUGACCCAGAGGAUGCCAAGGCGAAGGUGUUGUCAGUGCUAAAGCAUUCAUUGCUGUCUUUUAAGAGACCAAGAGCCAUGGUGACUUUGAAACUUUACUUUUUGUUUUCUUUGCAGUUCCUGAUCAAAGAGGACUAUUUAAAUAACAAAGGUAAUCCAAAGAAAUUUGCAGGACUUGUAUCAUAUUUGCAUGGACAUGAACCUUCAAAUCUUGUUUUUGUAAAUUUUCUCAAGAGAGGCCUUUUUCAUAAUCUCUGUAAACCAGCCUUUAAAGGCACCCAACAAUUUUCCCAAGAUGUGAUGGAGAAGCUUGUGUUAGUACUGGCAAACUUGUUUGGAAGAAAAUAUAUUCCAGCAAAAUUCCAAAAUGCUCAUCUAAGUUUUUCUCAGUCAGAGGCGAUCCUUGCCGACCUCCCAGAAGAUUUUAAAGCUGCUUUACAUGAGUAUAACCUGGAAGUGAUGAAGGAUUUUGCCUCCUUCCUCCUGACUGCUUCCAAGUCGGUGAACAUGAGAAAUGAGUAUCAACUCCCUUUGUCAGGAAUCAAAUUCACAGGUAAAAAAUGUGAAGACUCCCAACUUGUGUCUCACUUGAUGAGCUGCAAGGAAGGAAGAGUCGCCAUUUCACCAUUUGUUUGUCUUUCGGGGAACACAGAUAUUGAUUUGCUUCAACCAGAGACUGUCAAUCAGGUCAUUCUGCACACAGUCGGUGUUAAUGGCACUCACGCUCCUCUGCUGUGGCCAUGGAAAUUCGAUCACCGAGGAAGGAGGAUGCCACUAAAUGCAUAUGCACUCAAUUUCUACAAGCACAACUGCUUGACAAGAUUAGGACAAACCAAUGGGAUGCAUAUGGGACAGCUCUUAAGGUGUUUGAAAGACUUUGCAUUCAACAUUCAGGCUAUCAGUGUCUUUUCCAGGCUCUGGCAUCUCCUGUUGAUUUCCUGUGUUCAUCUGCCCCCAUCUCAAUAGAGACCUAAGCAAAUAUGAACUCUCUGUGGGUACUCCUUUCUUUAUGCUCCAUUGCUCAUCUAAUUUUUGUCUAGCUCCAUUUUCCUUAUCUCUAGUCCUUACUUCUUUUUCAAGUGUGUGUAGUUUUUCACAAAUUCAGUUUGGGAAGGAGAAUAUUUAUUUAAAGGACCUUGUUAGUGAGGACACAUUUAUGGUUUUCCUUGGUUUGAGCUGAGUCUGACCCUUUGGGAAGCUCUCUGCAAAGAGUGAAAGUCUUAGAAUGGCCCUACUUCUCCCACUUUGAGUAUCUUCAUGUGGGGGAUUCCUCAAGUGGCUUAUAGCUACCAAAGCUUCAACUUCUUUGAGCAGCCUGAGAAGCUUUGGAGAUUUUAAACAUAUCUCAAGAGUUGAAACAAGAAAAAUAAUUCUUUUAUCUGUUCAUCAAUUAUAAAAGUAUCAAGAUCUUACUUUGAUAGAGGGACUCUUCCAGGCACUUCAAUGUCAUGGGAGAAACUUUCUUGUAGACAAUCAUAUGUGGUAAGUGCUAUGAUUGAGUUACAUAUAAAAUACUAAGAUAACAUCAAUACCUUAUGAUUAAUGCUACUAGAAUCAGAAAAAGCAUUAUAGAAGAUGUAAUUUCGAAUUAGGUCUCAAAGGAGAAGUGAAAAUUCAUUAAGUAGAUUAAUUUUACUUAAUGUAAUUCUAGUUACAUAGGAUAAUUAAGUAGAAUAAUUACAGUAAUUGGAUUUUAAGCAGGGAGAAUAGUGUAUCCAAAUGUACAGAAAUAUUAAAGGUCCUGAUAUAUUCAGGUAUAGGCCCCAAGCUAAUGAUGGUGGAAUACAGAAUGUGGAGGUUGUGACGGGGAUACGGAGACAUGCUGAGAAGUGAGUGUGGAGUCUUUGAAAGGAAUUUGGUUAUAUAUGCGAAGGGUCUUACUUGUUAUGCAAUGAAGUCUGGAUUUAAAAUGUAGACAAAGGUGAGAUAGGGAGUUUUUAAGGAUGAGUAUAACAUAGAUCUAUGUUUUAGGGAUGUUAUUCUGGCACAGGAUAUAGAUUAACUCAGGAGGUAGAGAAACUGAAGGCAGGGAACUAAAGUUGGAGGCUAUAUUCUGGGCUUGAAUUAGGCAGUGGUGGGAGAAAUGAAUGAUGUAAGAGGUGGAAUUCAUGCAGUGGGGCAAGAGAUAUGACAACUGGGAUUUCUGAUUUGGUUAAUUAUAAUGUUAAUGAAAGUAUGGAAUACAUGAUGUUGACUUGGUAGCUGACAAUAAUUUAUGAGUUGGAAUUUAAAAUAUCACGUGUUGUCUGUAAGACAUCCAGGGGGAAAUGUCAAGCAGUCAGAUGGAAUAAUAAGUCUGAAACUCUGGAGGAAUUUCAGACUUAGAGAUAAAGAUGUCAUAAUUCCUAAUAUUCAGCCACUGAGGACUAGUUAAAAAAAAAAAAAGAAGAAGCUCUGCUCUAGAGUGAAUAAGGUGGGACAUGAAGACAGAAAGGAUGGCAGAAUGUUAAAUCACAGUGGAUUUCAAUGCUCAAAUCACAUGUCAGGUACUGAAAGACCCACUUAGUUCUAAGUCUCCUCUCGUUCACUCUAGGUUCUAGUUCCUAAAAUCUAUGGAAAAGGGACAGAAUAGUUUUUUCAUUGAAUUGGAUGACUGCAGGUUUUCAAAAAUAAUGGUCAGGAUAUUAGGAAGUCUAUAUGGCUUUCAUGAGAUGUAUACAGAGAAGAAAAGAAGUUGAAUAACACUUCUAGGGCCCAAGAAUAUGGGAUUCUGUGGUCUUACAAACUCACAGAGCAAGCUUAGGUGUAAGAUAAAGAGGAACUGUGUGAAGCUAUAUAUCUUUAUCUUUCUCAAGAUACAUGAUGCAUAUUGUAAAGAUUUUAUAAGAUAAAUGUGCCUUUUAUUAUUCUGCAUAUUUUUUUCUCCAUAUUUAGGUUUUGGGGCAAUUACUUCUGCUAACCUUUUAGUAAUAUUGAUUGUUAUCAAAAUGUGGGCUCAUUAAUAU